AUGAACUCCGCGAAUUGGCGCACGAAAAAGGAGGUGCCAGAGGGCACACAAGAGUGUAAAGAUAUCUCGCGGUACAAAACCGUAUACCAGACAUUGAGGAAGGAUUCAAAAGACGGGCACACGAGGAGCACCCGGGCUACGCAAUGGAGGCAAUCGGGCGAGCAGGAUGAGCAACCUACCCCAAGAGGUGUUGGCUGGGGAGCGAUUCCACAAUAUCCAGGAAGGAAAUCAAGCUAUCCAGGGGAUCGAGCUCCGUCCAGCAGGAGAUUUUCCGCGCCUACGGUGAGGCCAGCAGUGCCAGUUACGAGGGAUCCUUUGGCAGACCGAUGCAUUGAGGAAGGUCGCCGAAUAUAUAUGGGCAAUAUGCCAUACGAUGCAACAUUGGAAGACAUACACACCUUGAUUGUAGACGUGGCUCAUGCCCUUCAAGACAUCAGCAUGUCUGUUGACCCAAUGACGGGUAAGAAUCCUUCGUACUGCUUCAUCGAUUUUGUCACAGAAGCAGAUGCGCAUCGAGCCAUUCAACAGUACAACGGAGUUGAGUUCCUGGAUCGGCAGCUCAGAGUCAAACCUGCAGUAAAGCAAGGAUCUGGCACUCGGAGAUACCACAUCGGAGACGGGAGUAUAGGACAGUUUAACUGUAGCGAAGACACGGGUCUUUUUGUUGGAAACAAAGAUUCUAGCCCAUAUGCAUUCAAUCAUUGGCGUCGGAUGGACUCGAGGCUUGACGUCGAACAGUUAAACAAUUCUGCUCAGGAGGAGUGCCGUCGUCUGUAUGUUGGAGGGCCUCCAAGAUUCCCCAAUCAAGCAACCACCAACCAGCAAAUUAUUGAGCUGUUUGAAGGCUAUGAUCUCCAAAUUGUCAGCAAGUUGAUUUCACCUCAUGAAUCUGUCAACCAGCAUCUUGGCAACCACUACUAUUGCUUUGUCGAUUUGGGAUCGAAAGAAGACGCCGAGAAGGCUGUGGCGGCGCUGGAUGGAAUCGAGAAGUGGAACUGGAACAUCAUAGUUCGUCAUUCUUCAGGUCGUUCAGGCAAGAUCCGCGAGCGGCAGCGGGUGUAUCUAGACGGACUUCCAUACGUCGACACAGAGGAGGAAAAGGUCCAUUUGAUCAGCGAGAUCGAGCAACUUCUUGGGCCAUACGGGAGCCCGAGAGUCGUAGCAGGAUCUUUACCGACCCUCGGCAAGACAGCAAAACUGGUUCACCAAAUCGGUGUUAUUGUUUCGUUGAAUUUGAAACCCCAACAGAGGCGGAUGCGGCAAUUCGAGCAUUGUCGAGCACAGGGAACUUGGGUCGGUCUAUUACGAUGA